AUGCCCUCGGCCCCGCUUGCAGGUGAGGUGGCGCGCUACAGCAGCCCCCUUUUUAUGUAUCGCCGCAUCUUGAGGAAUUCCGCGCCGAAGCCUGAGACCGUGUUUACGGCAAAGGACAACCGCAAGACGGCCUUUCACGUUGUGACGCAGCGACCAGGCUAUGGAAACAAUCCGUACGCCGUGAGCCGCUGGUACCUCAAGGAGAAGGUGCACAGCAGCAAUAGAAAUCGACUGGAGGGCUUGUACGAAUGUGUGCUUUGUGCCUCCUGCACCGGAAGCUGCCCGCAGUAUUGGUGGAACCGCGAGCACUUUCUCGGACCCGCCGUUCUCUUGCAGUCGUAUCGCUGGUUGAUUGAGCCGCUCGACCGCGAUUAUGACAGCCGUGUCAGCAUGUUUGAGCAUGGCUCCUUGGUGAACUUUUGCCACAACAUCUUCAACUGCAGCAUCACCUGCCCGAAGUUCCUUAACCCGGCGUACGCUGCGAAGGAAAUUAAGCGCAUGGGCUCGCCCGCAACACCGCGUGUGCCACCUCCACUGGACAAGCCGGCAAUCACGAAAUAG